AAAAUAUAAUCCCUUUGAUAUUUGCCUGCACGUCCCAAAAAAAACAAGUCGAGAAUAAUAAUCACAUCAGAUUGAUUAAAACCCUCUCACUAAUCACCCUCCUAAUCACCCCCUCCCAACAGAAAAAACAUCUUCGGUUCUCUGUCUCGAACGGUCGAGAUCAAUAUGCACCGUAGAGGAAUUCAAGAAUCCGACGAAGAAGAUGAGACAUACAACGACGUCGUUCCGGACUCUCCUUCUUCUUGUGAAGACUCCAAGAUCUUAAAACCAACUCCAAAGAAAAGCAGGAGGAACAUGGAGAAGAGAGUUGUAUCGGUUCCGAUUGUUGACGUGGAAGGAUCUAAGAGUAGAGGAGAGGUAUAUCCACCGUCCGAUUCAUGGGCCUGGAGAAAGUACGGUCAAAAACCGAUCAAAGGCUCGCCUUAUCCUAGGGGCUAUUACAGAUGCAGCAGUUCAAAGGGAUGUCCGGCAAGGAAGCAGGUGGAGAGAAGUCGUGUGGACCCCUCAAAGCUCAUGAUAACUUACGCCUGCGACCACAACCACCCUUUCCCCUCCGCCGCUAACAACAAAUCCCACCACCACCGCACCACCGCCGUCGUCCUCAAAACCGCCAAGAAAGAGGAAAACAUGGAAGAAGAGGAGGAGGAGGAAGAAGCAACCAUCGUCGCUGAGGAGCCUGCGGGACUAGACCUAAGCCACGUGGACUCUUCGCUGCUCUUAGGUGGCUGCUACAGCGAACUCCCCGAGUUCGGGUGGUUCUACGACGCGUCGAUCUCAUCAUCCUCUGGUUCCUCUUACGGUGGGAGUUUCCUCGACGUAACACUAGAGAGAGGCUUUUCAGUAGGCGAAGAGGAAGAUGAGUCACUGUUCGGUGAUCUUGGUGACUUGCCUGAUUGCGCCUCCGUGUUCCGCCGUGGGACUGUGGCUACGGAGGAGCAACAUUUUGGCGCCAUUCCUUUCUGUGAUAGUUCUAGAUGAGUUGUGUGUGUAGCCAAAAUCCAAAAAGGGAAACUUUUUAUUUUCCACUGUAAAGGUAUAUCAAUGGUGGAUUCAUAUGAUUCAUUACAAAUCUCCAAGUAAUAAAUUAAUAAUCUC